AUGUCUUGGGGCAUGACGGGCCAAACGCCAUGCCUGAAAAGUCGUUGGGACAAGCCUGCUCAUGGUGCAUCUUCAAACAGCGCUGUGCCUUCGUCAGCACAAACCGGAGAUGUCUCUGCAGGCGGAGUGGAGAAGGCAGCUGCUAUGGCGGCUAAGAUCAAUGCAAUGUUGAUGGCUAAAGGGAAACUCAUGACUCCACCACCUUUAUUGGCAAAGAAGCCUACAGUCGUCCCGGUGUCUAUUGCCGUCGAGGAGAUGGUGGUCACAGAAGUAGACAUCAAUGACGUUCCUAUUAACAGCAGAGACCUUCUGACUAAAGGCAAAACUCAAGAGGAGAUUCGACAAUUCAGCGGAGCAGUGGUCACAACCAAAGGGCACUACAUGGCAGAUGUUGAAAAGGGCAAAGUAGCAGGACAAAGACCCCUGUAUUUACAAGUCCAAGGGAAAACGCAGGAACAAGUGAACAAAGCCGUGAUGAAGAUAAAGGAGGUCAUUGCUGAGGAUGUGAUCCGGGCGUCGGCAGCCUCAGGGGUGCCGCCUCCUGUCGUGCCUCCUCUCACGCUGUACCCUCAGCCUCCGCGCCCCGUCAUGAGCUCUGGAUUUGUCCCAGCGCCGGUCAUGGGGCAUCGCCCAGCAGCGCCUCACAUCGGGAGUUUUGUGCACACAAAAAUAUUUGUAGGUCUGGACCAUGCGCUGCCUUCUUUCAACGUGAAGGAGAAAGUGGAAGGACCCUCGGGGGCGUAUCUGGGACAUAUCCAAUCAGAGACUGGUUCACGCGUGUUCCUCCGCGGGAAGGGCUCCGGAUACAUCGAACAAGCUUCCAAACGAGAGUCAUUUGAGCCUCUUUACGUCUACAUCAGUCAUCCAAAUCCAGAAGGACUGGAGGCAGCAAAGAGACUCACGGAAAACCUGCUGGGGACGGUGAGAGCUGAACACGCCCGGGUGACGGCAGCGUUCCCAGUUCCUGCUGCGGCAACAACAUUUGCAAGUCAUGGAUAUCCUCCUAAUAGCAAUUACUCUAACCAGGGAUCCUGGUAUAACUACCCAGCCAAUGGGUAUGCAGGCGCCUACCCGGCAGCGUACCCAGCUAUGGUUCAGUAUCCGAUGUGUCCCCGGCCACCGCAGCCCUACAGCGGCCAGGUUCCUGUAGCAGAGAAAGUGGAGGCUGAGGGUUCUGUGAGCGCCCCAGGCACAGGAAGUCCCAAACAGCAGCCGCUCCAGGCUCCGCAGUCUGAGGAGCCCAUCACAAAGUCUCCUGAACGCCCUGCUCCGGUCUCCAAACCAGCAGAAGAGAAAGUCGUCGAACGUCUCCUGAUGCCGCCGCCGCUUCCCCCAGUCUUCACCUGCCCAGCUCCUCCACUCCGUAAGCGGACACGAGACCCUGACCCUCCGGCAGCUGCCCCGCCUCUUGCUCCACCGCCUCUUGCACCACCGCCUCUUGCACCACCGGGUGUCGACGACGAAAUCCAGACAAAGAAAAGCAAAGUGGUGGACGCCUCUGGUCUGGUUCCAUACGGAGCAGACUCCUCUGACGAAGAAGAGGAGACUCACAGCAGUAAGACAUGA